UUUAAUUUGUACGAAGUGCCCUGUAGUUAUCAAACAUAUGCUUGGCAGUUUUAUAAUAAUUGCUGAAUUGGCCCAGAAGUAAUUUUAGAAAGCUAUUCAUUAGUUUUUAUCGAACUGUGGAAUUCAAUGUCAGCGGCAAGGCGCGAUAUUUCCCAACUUUUGCAACGUGUUAGAGCUUUUUUACUUGGUCGAGAGCACACUAUUGCACUUCGUUUCGAAGAUGGUUUAGCUAAUCGUACGCAACCUCCACCAAAUGUUCCUGGGGGACCGGCUCAUACAUUGGCAGCAAAUUAUUACUUCCCACGUGACGCGCGUCGUGAAGUAGCUCCACCGAUGGAUUUAGCUCAUCAAACGUUGCUUCAGUCUGGAGCCACCUCAGUCCGAACGCAAUUGCCAACACCUGGACCACCUUAUAAAUGGGAUUAAAAUGCUAACAUUCUAAAUUGUACUAAACUAAAGAAAUAAAAUUCACAUUGGUUACUUUCAUUGAUUUUAAAA